AUGAACCGGUGCAAAGCUCUGGCUCGGGAAUCAGUCUGGUGGCCGGGCAUCAACAACCAGAUAGAUACAAUGGUGUCUAACUGCCCCACGUGUGCUGAAACUAGGGUGCAGCGCUCGGAACACAUGCUGCCGUCAACCACUCCAACUCGGCCCUGGGAAGAGGUGGGCAUUGAUCUUUUUCACUUGAACGGCCAGGACUACGUCCUUCUGGUAGAUUACCGGUCACGCUUCCCGGAGGUCAUCAGCCUGCGCUCGACGUCAGCACCUGCUGUCAUCAACGUCAUCAAGAGCGUCUUCGCGCACCACGGGAUCCCGAGACUGGUGCGCAGCGACAACGGUCCUCAGUUUGCUGCAAGAGAGAUAUCCGCCUUCGCCGAUUCCUGCGGUUUCCGCCACGUCACUAGCAGCCCCCAUUUUCCACAGUCGAAAGGGGAGGUGAGGACGGUGAAGGACCUGCUGCGGAAGGCGGAUGAUCCCUACCUUGCGCUUCUGGCAUACCGGGACACCCCUGGGGUAAACGGAGUGAGCGCUGCUCAGCUGCUCAUGGGCAGGUGCCUAGAGACCCGGGUACCGAAGGCGUCGCACUCGCUGGAGCCUACCUGGCCGCCGUCGGUCCCAUUCACUCGGCGUGAUCAAGAUAACUGGAGGCGCCAAGCAUCUGACUUCAACAGAAGACACGCGGCUCAAGAACUGCGGCCUCUUCAGGCAGGUGAGCAGGUUUGGGUACGGAACGUCAACUCUCCCGCGAUCGUCAUGGUGCCAGCUCAACGCCUUUGCUCCUACGUGGUGGAGACUCCCACGGGUGUACUCCAGCGCAACCGGAUGCACCUGGUACCAACGACGGGACGGCCUGCGGAAGACACUACCAGUACACCUGGAACUCCCGCGGCGGCGCUAGACCGCCAUCUCCCCAACAACGCCUGGAGAUGA